AUGUCCGCCGAGCCGGCGGCGGCCGGCGCGGCGGGCGCCGCUGAUCCGCGUCAGCCGACCCCGCAGAGGCUGCCGCCGCAGGACGGGGUACAGCGGACCCCGUUAAGGCCCCCCACCGAGCACCGGCCAGCGCCGCAGCAGCCGCCCGAGCCGCUGUCGCAGGCUGGCGCCGAGCCGCAUGGUACGUGGGAGUGCGCCGGUGUUCCGCAGCAGCGGACCCCGCUGAGGCUGCCGCCGCAAGACGGAGUGCAGCGGACCCCGCUGAGGCCGCCCGCUGGGGAGCACGAGCCGCCGCCGCGGCAGUGGCCCGACCCGCCUCUUCCUCGGGGCGCCGAGGCGGACUUCGCCGACGGUGGCCGCGGCAACCGGGACGAGCAGUAUUCAGAGCCUCUGUUCCAGCACGACUGGCAGCAGCCUCCUGCGCGAGGUGACUGCCUGACUGAAGCCCAGGCGAGAAACAUGGCUGCUGCCGAAGAGUACGAGGAGUUCCUCAAUGACAAUUCUGCCAGGUUCUACGAGCAGAACGGGCGGCCGUACUGGGCCGAAUCGAAGGAGGGCGAGCAGCCUGCGUAUCCUGGGCACUAUGCAGCCGAGGCCCCGAUGGUACUAAACAACUCUUACGCGCGCGGCGGCUUUGAACCGGAAGGCGGCGAUUUCGUGUCAGUUCCACUGCAGUCGCAGAGUGGUCGCAAGCUGGAUAACACACGAUCGCGACAGUUCGAUUGGACCUCACAGAUUCUGUGCCGAGUUUUGGCGUGGGCAGUGGCUGACACAUUGGUUUUGGGCAGUCCGAUUUCGGCACAGCGAACACCCUUUCUUCAAGCCUCCGCUCAAGAGGAUUACACAUUAUUCGAGCAACGGGUAUCCGUGUCAGAUCGAUAUUUUGUUUAUUGGUGAGAGCAUACUCCUGUAACCGACCAUCUAGCUCCGCCAGCGUUCCAGAAUUUUGGGGCAGACCACAACGCAGAACCAUUUCAUUGAUGUUAUGUUUGAGGGCAGCGCACAAACAGAGGCACCUUAGUCAUAUGAUAUUGCUGCUACCUUUGAGAUGAACACGCGCACAGAGGCAAAUUCGUCAGAGACACCACCGAGCAGGUUUAUGCGACACGGAUGGAUUUGUUCGGCAUGCCAGUGAAUAGUUGGACAUGGUGGUUGGGG